UCCCCGCAGCCUCCUCCAGCGUCGCUCCGCCGGGCGGGCCCCCGCUGCCUUCUCCCGCCUGUGCCGAGCCCCUCCCGGGACGCACCGGUCCCCGGCGCGCUCCCACUUGGACUAAGCUGCUGCUGUUUCAGGGACUGAGCCCCCCAGGGCCGCUCGCCCCCUCCUUGCCCCAUGGCUCCCCUGCUCCUGGGCGGCUUCCUGGUCCUGAUCUGCGCACAGCUGGCCCAGCCGGCUGGGGUGUUUGAGCUCCAGGUGCACUCGUUCCGCAGCAGCGCCCGCAGCCUGUGCCCUGGCACCAGCCCCUGUCGCCUCUUUUUCCGCGUCUGCCUCAAACACGCCCAGGCUGUCGUGUCCCCCGAGCCCCCCUGCACCUUCGGGGCCGCCCUGAGCGACAUGGUCCCCGCCGACCGCAAUGCUGUGGCCACCAGCGCACCCAUCCACGUACCCUUCCACUUCAAGUGGCCGGGCACCUUCUCCCUCAUCAUUGAGACGUGGAGAGCCGAGGCCGGCGAGCCGUCCACAGAGGAUGCCCAGAAUCUGAUCAGCCGCCUGGCCACGCGGCGCCGGCUGGCGGUGGGCGAGGACUGGUCCCAGGACGUGCAGCUGGGUGAGCAGAGCGAGCUGCGCUAUUCCUACCACGUGCUGUGUGACGAACACUACUACGGCGAGGGUUGCUCCGACUACUGCCGUCCCCGCGACGACCCCUUCGGGCACUAUGCCUGCGACGAGCUGGGUGCCCGCGUCUGCCUGCCCGGCUGGAGGGGGGAGUACUGCUCCGAGGCCAUCUGCCUGCCGGGCUGCAGCGAGGGGCACGGCUACUGCGAGCGGCCUGGGGAAUGCAAGUGCCGGAUCGGCUGGCAGGGGCGCCUGUGCGACGAGUGCGUCCGCUACCCGGGCUGCCUGCACGGCACCUGCAGCCAGCCCUGGCAGUGCAACUGCCGGGAGGGCUGGGGCGGCCUCUUCUGCAACCAGGACCUCAACUACUGCACCAACCACCGGCCCUGCCAGAACGGCGCCACCUGCACCAACACGGGCCAGGGCAGCUACACCUGCAGCUGCCGGGCUGGCUUCACGGGCACCGGCUGCGAGACCGAGACCAACGAGUGUGACAGCAACCCCUGCAAGAGCGGCGGCAGCUGUGACGAUCUGGAGAACGACUACAAGUGCACCUGCCCCCAGGGGUUCUACGGGAAAAACUGCGAGAUCAGUGCCAUGACCUGCGCUGACGGGCCCUGCUUCAACGGAGGCACCUGCGCCGAGAAGCCCACGGGCGGCUACACCUGCCACUGCCCCUUGGGCUACCACGGCUCCAACUGUGAGAAGAAGAUCGACCGGUGCACCAGUAACCCGUGUCUGAACAGUGGCCUCUGCCUGGACCUGGGCCGCCGGGUGCUCUGCAAAUGCCGGCCGGGCUUCGCCGGCACCCGCUGCGAGCGCAACAUUGACGACUGCGCCUGCAACCCCUGCGUCAACGGCGGCACCUGCCUGGACGGGCCCAACAGCUACACCUGCUCCUGCACCCUGGGCUACGGCGGCAAGGACUGCAGCGUGCGGGUGGACGCCUGCGGCUCCAGCCCCUGCCUCAACAGCGGCACCUGCUACACCCACUUCUCCGGCCACAUCUGCGAGUGCUCGGCCGGCUACAUGGGCUCCAGCUGCGAGUUCAAGGUGCAGAGCCCCAGCCCGGCCAGCAGCCGGCGGCUGGCGGUCGACGACCCCUUCCCGAUGGCCCUGGCCGUCUCCUUCGCCCUGGGUCUGGUGACCCUGGCCCUGGUGGCGUGCGCCGCCCUGGCGGUGCUGCGGCAGGUGCGGCAGGGCCGCAAGACGGGGAAGGGCGCCGUGCGGAAUGACCUGGACACCAUCAACAACCUGCAGGAGAGGGAAGGUUUCCUCAUUGCACCCGGGCGGUUCAAGGUGCCCAACAAAGAGCCCAAGUUUGGCAGCGACGGGCUCCGGGACAAGUCCAACUGCAAGCGGAAACUGCUGGAUCUCAGCGGGGACACGGCCUGCAAGAAGAAGCCGGAGAAUAAGAAAUCGGAGCCGAUCUUCUCCCGUGCCCCUGCUGGGUACCCCAAAGAAGGCCCCUAUCGCCCUAUUUAUAUUAUCCCGGAUCAGACGGAGCCCUGCAUCUUUGCCACCGAGGUUUAAAAGUGGCCCCCCCAACCUUGGACCUGUGGCUCCGUCCCCCCCGCCCCGCUAAAGAAUGUUUACAGAGACGCCUCCUUGGACGCCUGGAUCAGCGGCGGACGACGUACAAUUAUUUUUUAAUCUAUAGAUUAUAAAUAUCGACUCCUGUUUGUUUUCUAAAGAGAAAAAUAUUUAAUAUUUAUUCUUGCUGCUAUGUGAGUUGGGGGUGGGGGGGACCAAGGGAACAGAGGAAG